CCCCCAUCGCUGCCGGAUCGAAUCCCGCAAAUCGCUAGCUUUCUUUUACUGCUUGCUCCAAACAAGGCUAUCAAGGCAAAAUCCAUCACCUUCACACUCCGCCAUGGAAUACGUCGAGCACCGCAUGAACGACGAGGCCGCCAAAGAGGCCGUCAGCGCCGGCCUCAUCUCGCCCCUCAACAUCCUCCUCGUCUCCAUCAUCCUCUACACAGCCUACUCAACCUUCUUCUCCAAAUCCGCGCCGCCGCAGCUCCCCAAGCCCCCGCCCCCCGCCGUCUUCAAGAUCUACAACCCGCACACCCUCCUGCCCUUCAACGGCGUCGACGGCGCCCCCGUCUUCAUGGCCAUCCGCGGCGCCGUCUACGACGUCUCGCGCGGCCGCAACUUUUACGGCCCCGGCGGGCCCUACCAGAACUUUGCCGGCCGAGACGCCAGCCGCGGCCUGGCCUGCGGCAGCUUCGACGAGGACAUGUUAACCAAGGAUCUGGACGGCCCGCUCGACACGCUGGCCGACUUGGGGGCCGAGGAGAUGGAGGCGCUGAGGGGGUGGGAGGAGAGGUUUACGGAAAAGUAUGACAUUAUUGGCAAGUUUGUGUCGAUGAAGGAGUAUGAGGAACUGAACAGGAAGGAGUGAAAUGGUUGUUUUUGAGAAAUAACUCUUCGUUUUUGAUUUUGUUUUUUUUUUACGCGUAUGUAGCAAAAUGGGAUAAGCACUGCAGUUUGCACAAGGAAAAAAAAAGAUCCUUUUCAAUAUCAACAUGGACAUCACAGAAGG